AUGAAGCUUGUGGCAUUAUUGGCAGGACUAGCUAGUGUAUCGGCUAUGCGCGCCCCUUGUUCUUGUGCAGAGAAGGGCCAGAUUGCUUUGGUUUUCAGUGACGGUCCGGUUCAAGCAACCCCGGAAGUUUUAACAACUUUAGCCAAUGAUAACAUUUCGGCGACUUUCAUGUUUUCAACUGUAAACAUUGAUCAUACGGGAGUGACCGAUGUGAUUAAACAGACGGUUGAGGAGGGCCAUACGGUCGGUCUCCGAACCAACCCCAUUUAUGACUUCUCUAGUAUGUCUGAAGAUGACAUUAGAGAAGCCAUUACCAUGGAAUUGAACGUACUGAACGAAGUAGCUGGUCAGCAAACCAAGUACAUUACGAUCAACCAGCCGGAUGUGAACAACCAAACGGUGCUUAAGGUUAUUGAUGAAUUGGAUUUAGUACUCAUUAACUACAACUACGAUAUGUAUGGCUUAGAUGACGAUUCAGAAGAUAUUCUUAAUCGGUGGAGGCUUAAGCUUAGCUCAGUGCGUCCGCAGUCUACUUCUUACAUUGUGCUGCAACACGACCAGCGCGAGUCUGAGCUACAAAUUGUUCCUGAUGUGGUCAAAUACGGUAGUGAAGCUGGGUUUACCUUUGUGAACCUGGACAACUGUUUGGACGGUGUUACUAUGGACAACGGCUCUGGUAAUGAUGGAGAGGUCGGUGCGGUCAUUGAACCGGUUAAGAACAAAAAGAACAGCGCGGCCGCACCAGCAUUGGCUCUGGCUUGCCUUGUUGCCCUUCUGGCCAUGUAA